UGCUCUUUGUUUGUCGUCACCAUGACUGCAAGGUUUCACACAAGCAGCCUGAUUUUUGCGUGAUGUGAGUAACAACAGAGCAGACAGUGAAGAAAUCUCUGAGACCUUCCAGAGAAGCAAACCUAAACAGCUGCUGACAUGAACAUCAUGAUGGAAGGUGACUUAAAGUUUGCCCGUCAUGUUCAGCAGCAUCACAGUGGAGCAAAGAAACCCAGACUGAGGCAUCUGCAUGAGAGCACCAUUAACUUUGGUGAUGCUGCAAGCAGCUACACCACCACGCAGCACCAGAGUUAUUGUGGGAGAUCAGUGGAUGGACGUCCUCUGACUUUCCAUCUGAGAGAUCCUAGCUUCCCCUCACAGCAUCACACCCGGCUGGACCUCAGCAUCAGCUCACAGCCACAGUGUCGGCUGCAGACGCACACUCAGGAGGUGCAUGGGCUGAAACACAUCCCUGCGAGGACCAACCACAUGGCGAUAAACUGGGCUCGACAAUGCAGCGGAGAGGCGGUCAGAGAGAUCACCAACCCACAGCAGGGUCAAUGUGAAUACCAGAGCACUUACAGAACAGAGCACACACUCCCAGAGACGGACAGUUCAUCACACCAGGCCAGUGGCACACCAACGCAGUGGCACCAACACAAUAUACUGACAGGUGAAGUGAGGCAGCCAGCUGGUCCAAGGAAAUCCUGCAGACGCUCCAGAGACAAGCAGCUUUGGGCAGAGAGGCGCUGGGAGACAGACUUCUCUGCACUCAGACUCUACUGACACACGAGUACGAUGACGGCACAACACCGCACCAUUAAAUGUAUUAAACUGCCACUGCGGUGA